CAAUAGCCAGUGCCUGCGCGCCAGGAGAAAGCCAAGGUGGUAGUAGCUCCGGUGUCGAUGACUAUCUAGACACGACACCAGAAUCGCCUGUGGAUCCCAUCCAUGCCACGAUCCUUUUCAUCGUCUCAAAUCCUUGUCGGUCCAUAACUGGCCCAGAUGGUUUGACCAUUCAACUGGUUCCUGGUCCCAUACCUGACUUCUUAGCGAACAUCCGGUUUCCACGUAUUUCAAGAUCUCUCGUGUGUCAGCUGCCUUCAAUGGCAAACACUACAUCAUCUGAGAUCGCGGGGACAUCAACAACUGAAAUGCCGACGACCGAAGAGUUGAUUACAACAAAUAGUGUCUCUACAUCGACGAUUUGGACUACAAUGACUUCUAUGGUGGGUUAUUCGACUCCGACAACGUAUGAGGCAAUGACAACACCUAGUGUAUUCAGUCACCUCGGUGAAGGUCCGAUAAUGCUUGUCCUUGACAGGUCGAGGAAGACAAUCUUCGUUGGAAGUGCUCUUAAUCUUCAGUUUGCUACACACCUGACCAUUCCCCAAUACGUGGACCCGAUUGGAAUGACGAUAAGCACUUCCAACUUUCGGGUGUUCUGGACAGAUCUUAAGACCAACCGAAUCCACGGCUCGAACCUGUUGGGUGAAUACCCUAGGAUAUAUUCCUUGGGAUUGUUCGAAGAGCCUGUAAGCAUAUCAUACAUCGAGUCUGGUGGAUUGAUGUACUGCGCAUACUCUGAGUCAAAUAAGAUUACAAGACUCCAUCUUGGAUAUCCAAAAUGUGAAAAGGAACUAAUUAUGUACACACCAAAACCAAGAGCACUCGCCAUUGAUAAAUCAAGAAGGUCCCUUUACUGGUCACGUGACGGUGGAAUUGAAAGAAUAGACCUCGUUUCAUUAAGGCGACAAACAAUCUACCACAACCCUGAACUUAGAAACAUUACAGGACUUGCUGUUGAUUCAGGAUCAACUACGGUCAUCGCCUUCCUAGACACUCUUAUUCACCGAGUAUUCUACAUCGACCUCAGUGAACCCGACAAUGUCGUCGAACUUACCUCGUCUUUUCCAGCCCUUGACUUCCCCUUUGUGACACAGCUGAGCGUAUAUGACCGGGACAUGUUUCUCACGACGUCCGGUGAUGCAGCCGCAGCCGGUGCAAACCCAGGCGUCUUCUGCAUGAUGAACUACACCAAGGACUCUCGCGAUUUGCAGUUCACCGCGGUUGAUUCAUUAGACGAUCCGGUCGGGAUAUUCAUCGGCCAGUUCUAAGUAUUUUUAAUACUCAUUUCGAUUGCUUCGCCGCAAAUUAAUUUCAUGUUAUAUUUUGUAUUUUUUAGACUAGGUAUUUAACUAGUUAUUCAAAUACAUUAUUUAAAUGUUAUAUUCUGUAACUUAUGUAACUCAUGGUGUCCUAUUGCAAUUACGUUAUGUUAUUUUUUGUAAUAUUCUAUAAGAUUAUGUAUUAUGUAUAUGGGGGAUUCCAAGCAAAAUCUAUUUCAAAUCUGGAUCCAACUUUUCUACCAAAAUUCAUAUGGAAGUUAAUAAAUACAAAGGGUGAUCAUAAACAGUUUCAAUUUUUUUCAUACGCAUCUCCCUAUAGGGGAAUCCGAACCAUACAUGCAUGGAACUACAUACAGUAUAUAUAUAUUUUUUCUUCAUUUCAAUUCAACAGGAAACUAUUGUUCUGUAAAAUUUCAGUUUGAUAAUCUGAAGGUCAUCAUCAUUUUACAUCGCUUCAUUUUUUUUAAUAUAAGUUACAGGAAGGGUUUUGAAAAUGUCAAAUUUGUGGUGUCAGAAAAGUGUAACGCGACUGACCGUAAUGCGACAGACCGGAGUUUUUAUAUCCACAAAAGAAACUGGAAGUUGCUUCCCAAAUUCAAAUGUCUCAAGCGAUAUGUAUAUAUGUAAGGUUUUGCAGGUAUGGAAACUGGUAAAAUUGUUUUUAUUUGAAAGAACUAUAUACAGUGCGUAUCAAAAAAGUUUACACAUCGAAAAA